AUGGCAUCCCCCAGCAGCGCCGCCCUCAUGUCCGACAUGGACGCCCCCAGCUCACCCGUCCGCCACGAGAAAUCCUUUAUGACCGCAUACACCGAGGACGAUGACACCCGCAUGAUGGACACUCCCGAGCCCGUCGAGCAUCGUUCGCGCGGCAAGAAACGCGGGCGAGACGACUCGUACAACCCCCCAACCAUCGGCAACAAGAUCAAACAUCUCAAGAAGGAGGACGGCGAGCCGCUAUGGCGCAAGGACAUCCAGUACGACUUCCUGCGUGCCGUCUUCGACGACGAGACCAAAGUCUUCACCAACAGCUACGAACCCGAUCGGCUGGGCAAGCAAUGCUUUGCAGACCUGUACAUCGACACGAUGAGCCGCAGCUCCAAGACCAGCAAGGUCCUUCGCGACAAGCUGCUUAGUGAUCGCGAUGCCGCAAAGGGUAUGGCCAUGGUUUGUCUGCUGGUCAACAUCGGUCGCAUGAACACCACUCUUAACUUCUUCCCCGAGAUGCGUGCCCAGCUGCGCACCUACCACGCUAUCCCGUCGCUGCAAGCCCGUCAGGAUCCCCAUGCCUAUAAGCAGCUGCAGGAUGCUCCUCGUUUAAAGUCCAUCUUGAAGGGCUGCUGCGAGGACCGUCCUGAGCCAGCAACCCUCGACGAGCUCAAAUCCCUCGAUAUUCCCCGCACGAACCCUGUCAACCUCAUCUUCCUCAUCUGCCAGUCAGCCGUCAAGAUUGCCGAACUGCACUUCCCUCCCGGUCUCGAGUUCAACGACCUCAUUAUGAAGACAAACCUGUCCAGCAAGAGCCGCGCCCGGGCCUUCUUGUGGCUGAUGUGGUUUUACCUCGAGUCUGACUUUACCGAGGAGGGUUGUGAGGAGAAUCCAUUUGGUCCUGGUAUCGACUAUGGCGUCGGUGUUGCCAACCAGGGUGUCCCCGAUCUCAUUCCUAUGACACCUGAGGAAGAGGCCCGCGAGAACGUCGACACUCCUGAAGAGAUCGAGUUCGGUUAUGCGAAGCAAAAGAUGCGUGCCAAGAUCAUCGAGGCUGACCAGGCAUUCCUGGCCGAGACGCAGUCGAAGCGCGGCGGUCGUGGCCAUCGCCCAUACGCUCUGGAGGAUGUCUUGGCUGGAGGGAGUAUCCUCCCACGCAUCCGGCCUUCCAAGAACGACAGCGACCUCGAUAGUAUCAGGUCGACUCCCCCUCCCCGAGCCCUGGGCCGUGGCAGCCUAUUUGGUAGCGCUGCCCGCCGUGGUCCUCACUCGCUUAAGUACCAGCUUGUUGAGAACUCAUCACCGGCCGGCGACCGUGCUGUUGAGGGCGUCCCAGCGCGCAAGCCCCGUCCACUCACUGCUCACCAACUUGCCGUUGAACGCAACCGCACCGAGCGUGUCGAGUACAUCCUCGACCGAGGCAUCCGGCGUACACAUCAUCGUGCGCGUAAGCAGCGCCGCGUCGACGGUUCCAUCUACCGUGCCCUUAAGCGUGUCGCGGAGAUGCCCGACCCCUUCGACGACUCCGAGAGCGAGGACGUCAUCGUCCACAACCGGCACUACCUCGCUAAUGGCGGCAACCUUCCCGAUGCCAAGCGCCUUCGCGAGCGCGGCUACGGUGGGCUGUGCCAGCUCAAGGACGAACCGGACGAUUUCGGCGAGGAGUUCAGCUCAUAUGCUGCCGCGCUGCGCCGGGCUUCCAGGAGACUUAACCGCUGGGAGAAUCACGAAGGCCCUCCGCUGGGCGUCAUCGCGCCGAUUAAGCGUCCCAAGAAGAAGCCUGUCGAGGAAGAAGAGAAGCAGGUUGACCCCGCUGAGACAGAGGAUGAGAGCGAGAUGUUGUUGCGACAGGCACAAAUGAGGCUGUUUGCGCAGCAGCAGGCUUUGUUGAAGGCUGCCGGUAAGAAGCUGGCUAGUCAGGAGCCCGCUGCGCCGAGCAGUAAUGGGGUGAGGGAGGAGGAUGAUGAGCAGGCCGGCGACGGAGAGAAUGGUGAUGGGGACGCUGAUACGCAGAUGGAUGAUGCGGAUGAGUUGGAUGAGGUUGAUAAGGAAUUGCUUGGAUUGGGUGACGGGGAUGAUGAUGAGGGAGGUGAAGAGAAUGGGGAAGCGGAGGGGGAUGGCGAGGGAGAGGGAGAUGGUGAGGGAGAGGAUGAGCUGGAUGACGUGGAUAAGACGUUGUUGGGCAUGGAGGGAGAGUCGGAUUCUGAGUAA